UUUUCUCGCUCAAUUAAAAGAACCCUUCAAAAGACUCGAUUCGUUCACGAACGCCGAAUCUUUUACAGCCAACAUGGCGGCGCUCGUCGUGCACACAGUGCCAAAGUACCUGAGACAUAUCAAACAUGGACUUGGAACAAGUGGUCAUCUUCAUGUCUCCGUCAGGAACAUGUCGUCGUUCCAAGACAGCUGGUUCAAGUCUCUCUUUGUGAGGAAGGUGGACCCCAGGAAGGACGCCCACUCGCACCUGUUGGCCAAGAAGGAGGACAACAACCUGUACAAGGUCCAGUUUCACAACGUGAAGCCAGAGUGCCUCGACGCUUACAACGACCUCUGUGAGGGCGUGCUGCCCUCCAUCCACGCUGACCCCGAGUACCCCUGUGAGCUUGUAGGAACAUGGAACACUUGGUAUGGAGAGCAGGACCAAGCAGUUCACCUGUGGAGGUAUCGAGGAGGUUACCCCGCCCUCACGGAGGUGAUGAGCAAACUCAGGCAGAACAAGAUGUUUUUAGAGUACAGACAAGAGCGAGGGAAGAUGUUGUUGUCUCGCAGGAAUCAGCUGCUGCUGGAGUUCAGCUUCUGGAAUGAACCCGUUCCUCGUCCUGGACCCAACAUCUACGAGCUGAGAUCCUACCAGCUCAGGCCUGGCACCAUGAUCGAGUGGGGCAACUACUGGGCGCGCGCCAUCGAGAUUCGCCAGCAGAACCAGGAGGCGGUGGGCGGCUUCUUCUCCCAGAUCGGAAGCUUGUACCAGGUUCACCACCUGUGGGCCUACAAAGAUCUUCAGUCGAGGGAACAGAUCAGAAACGCGGCGUGGCACCGAGACGGCUGGGACGAGGUGGUUUACUACACAGUGCCCCUCAUUCAGCACAUGGAGUCUCGAGUCAUGAUUCCCAUGAAGAGCUCGCCCCUGAAGUAAGCCCAUCUUGACUGCCAGAGGCGCCUUUUGCUACCUGCACUCUUCAUCAUCAUCCUCCUGUGACGACAACACGCCAGAAGAAACGCCAACUUACCGAUUGAUUGACUAGAUGUCUAAGAAUGACGAGCGCCAUGGCGAUGUUGAGCGUCACGUGAAGCUUUUUGGGUUGGAAAAGUAGAUGCUAGUAAAAAAAUGAUUGCAGCAGGUCUUCACAGAGUGCUAGUUACUUUGCUUGGUCACAAGGUAUGUAGUGGGGGUAGGUAUUCACACUCCCUUCAUGGAUGAGAGAUUACUGUACAUACUGAAAUUAAACUCAUUGAAAUGGGGGAAAA